CUUUCAUAUCUCUUCAUCAAUUUACACUAUCAAACAAAUCACAUCUGAUAAAAUUUCCACAAUUUUGCCGCCAUGACCUUUUCAUCUUCUGUUAAAGACCCAAUAUGUGUAACCACAAAGCCCAAUUAUCGGCCGACCGGCGAAAUCCAUGUUAUUAUUGGUCCUAUGUUUGCUGGAAAAACAACUGCUCUUCUUCGCCGUGUCAAAUUGGAAUCUAACGACGGCAGAAAUGUGGUGAUGAUAAAGUCAAGCAAAGAUACAAGAUAUGCAGUAGAUGCAGUAGUGACACAUGAUGGGACAAAAUUCCCAUGUUGGGCAUUACCUGAUCUUUCAUCUUUCAAACACAGAUUUGGACUAGAUGCAUAUGAAAAGGUCGAUGUGAUUGGCAUUGAUGAAGCUCAGUUCUUUGAUGACCUUUAUGAUUUCUGCUGCAAUGCUGCUGAUCUUGAUGGGAAGACUGUAAUUGUUGCAGGCCUAGAUGGCGAUUACUUGAGGAAAAGUUUUGGAUCAGUGCUUGACAUAAUUCCACUUGCUGAUACUGUGACAAAGUUGACAGCCAGAUGUGAACUAUGUAACAAAAGGGCAUUUUUCACCUUUAGAAAGACUAGUGAGACAGAAACUGAGCUUAUAGGUGGUGCUGAUUUAUACAUGCCUGUUUGCCGUCAGCACUAUGUCAAUGGACAAUCUGUCAAUGAAGCUGCAAAAAUGGUUCUUGAUUUUCAUAAACUGCCAAGUAGCCUUAUAUUAGAAACAACUCUAGUUACUCCAUAAAACUUGUGUUCAACUCCUUAAAAUUAUCAGCUGUCUGAAAUGCUGGUUUGAUGAUCAUGUAUUUUUCCUCACUAUAAAAGUAAAUGAAAUGUUUUGCUUCUUACUCAA